AUGAAGCGGUCGACUACGUGAUCGAAAUCUUAGCAAGUCACUCUUAUCUGUAAAUAUGUAACAACAGGAGUACACUCUGAAAACUUUUUUUGAAGUAAGAUCAUGGAAUCUCAUGCGAGAAACGUCUAUACAUUUUAUUUUUACGGACUGUUAUGGUCGCUCCUAAGUGAACUGGCAUUUGGAGCUUCCUUUUACGGCGACGGCUUCGUACAGCUGAAGGCAGCGAAGGCGUCCAAGCGGAACUUGCUACAUGUUCGCUUCCGAACCUCCAGCUCCGACGGCCUGCUGUUCCUCGCUGCUGGCCAGAGCGACUAUUUACUGGUGGGGUUGGAAGCCGGCCGCCUGCAGGUCAAACUGGACCUGGGCUCUGGGGAGCGCCUGCUGCAGUCGGAGAGAGGCUCGCAGCUCCACGACCUGGCGUGGCACACAGCAGAGGUCCUCCACGACCGAGACAACCUCACCCUCGUCCUUGACAAACACUCCCACGCCAGCCUGGAGAUGCCGGGAUCUCAGCAGGACCUGGACGUCCAAGACGGGCUCUACGUUGGAGGCUCCGGGAGUCUGGACAAGGUCUACCUGCCGAGCGGCCUGCCAAACUUCCGGGGCUGCAUCGACGAGGCUGUCUUCAACGAGCACGACAUUCUUUCGUCUUUGAGGCCGUACGCCGGCUUGAAGAACGUCUAUGAAGUCUCAUUGGGUUGUAGUCCUCAGUUCUUGGCCAACGAAGACGACCCCAUUAGCUUCUUCAGCUCCAGAGCCUACAUUUCCCUACCACCCUGGAGUGUCCAACAGGACGGGGGGUUUGAGUGUGUGGUGCACACUUCAGCUGAGGAGGGCAUCGUCCUCUACAGUUCAGCGAGAGAGGGGGACUUUCUCGCUGUGGAAAUCCAAGAGGGUUUGCUGGUGGCUAUUGUGGGAAAAUCGGGAACCAGAACAGAGCUUCGCUCCCUUGGAUCCAUCAAUGACGGGAAAUGGCAUAAGGUCAAGAUGUACGUGACCUCACAAAACCUCCAGCUCACAGUGGAUGAGGAGUCUGUGAAGACGAGCUUCAGUUCACACUCGAAAGGCCUCCAGUCGAAAGGUUCUCUUUUCGUCGGGGGGAUCGACGACGGCACCCGGUCCGAGGUCAGAAGGAACGGGCUGUUGUCUGUCUCUGGAAAGCGUGUGAGAGGAGGAUCUUUUAAGGGUUGUUUGAAGGAAAUAAAAGUGAACAGUGUCAAAAUGGGUCUCCCCAAGGCGGUGGUCACCAAGGACAUCUCUGUCGGUUGUGAUCCGGAGAAAGAGCCAGAACCUGUAGGUCCAACGACUGUGUCUUCGCGGCGCCUCGACUCAGUCACCCCUCUCCCGGCCCUCCACACCUCCACUCUUGCCAGGGGUCUGGACCAGAAACACGGGUCGAACUUCGUACAUCUUCGAAGCCUCGUAGUUCCGGAGGGCGGCAGAGCAUCUCUCGAGUCCAAGCACAUCAAGGUUCUCCUGGAUUUUAAGAAGCUCGGAGUCCGACAGUCUCAGAUCAUGUUCCGAAUUCAGGAGCAACCUGUCCACGGUCAGAUUAGGCUUGAUGUGGACCAGGACCAGGAGCAGAACACCUUCAGCAUGUUAGACCUCUGGCACGGGAGGGUUAUAUACAUCCACGGAGGCUCUGAAGAUCCAGAGGACUUUUUUAUGUUCUCCAUCUUCACCAGCAGCAGGAAGGAAGUCCCCAUUUACCUGAAGGAGAACAAGAUGUACCGAUACAACAUCACGGUAACCCCCACCAAUGACGCGCCAGAACUGAGUCUUCCUGGAGGCAAUCUCUUCACCCUGCUGGAGAAUUCCAGAAAGCAUUUGACCACAGAGGUUUUGAACGCCACGGACAUCGACAGUGACCACGCCGAUAUCGUCUUCUCUGUUCUGGGGAACCUGAAUGCAGACGCGGGGUUCCUGGAGCUGGAAAACAACCCGGGAACUGCAGUCACUACGUUCAGCUACCCAGACCUGAAGGAGGAAAGAGUAUACUACGUUCACACAGGGGUGAGGAAUUCCAGAAUAGUGCUGAGGGUUAGCGAUGGGGACAAAGUGAGCAACACCGUCGUGUUACGGGUCAUGGCUGUGGGUUUAGAAUACAAGAUCGCUAACAACACGGGUCUUGAGGUCACUCAGGGAGACUCAGCUGUGAUUGGGUCGAGGGAACUUGCCGUGCAGACCAACUCUGUGAAACAGGUGGUAGACAUCCGUUAUGAUGUCGUGGAGCCACCUCGUUUUGGGGAGCUGCACCGGCUCCACUCCAGCGGCGAAUGGAAACCCACCGGUUCAUUCUCCCAGAGACUUCUGGAGAAGGAGCGUCUCCGGUACUUCAGUACCUUCCGAGAAAUCCAGGCUUCUUCCAAUGCUUCGGAUUAUUUCAAAUGCAAGAUCACCGUGGCGUCACGAGCCACCUCUGAGCUGGUCUUCUCGAUCGCGGUGAAGUGGGCGAGCUAUGAGCUUGUAAGGAACAUUCCGGUCGAGGUUGAUAAGGUCAGAAAAGUGACGUUGGACUCCCGAAACCUCUACGCCACUUCUGAAGUUGUGAAACUGUCCGAGGACGAUCUUCUCUUCAGGCUCCUGUCCGUGCCGAAGAAAGGAAAACUUUUGCUUGACGAUGAAGUGUUGAUGAAGAACUCAAGCUUUAGCCAAAGGAAUGUUACUGAUCUGAAGGUGCAAUAUGAACUGGUUGACAGACCCUACGAAGACACAAGUGACGUGUUCAGAUUCCAAGUGUUCUCCAAGCAUGCCCAGACCGAAAGUUAUGAUUUUAAACUUACCAUAAAGGCUGAUGUCAACAGUGUGUUUAUGAAAAACGAAGGACUGUCGAUUAAAGAGGGGGAGAGUAAACUAAUUACAAAGGAUGAGCUGUUUGCAGAGACUCUCAGCACUAAGGAAAUAUACUACACCAUCACUACAAGCCCCAAACACGGAAGUAUAGCACGCAUAAACUUGUCUAACUCCAACAAUAGUUACAACAACAUCCUAACAUUCAGCAACCAGGAUCUUUUGGAGGAGCGGAUUAUGUAUAUCCAUGACAACAGUGAGACAACUGAGGAUCGGUUCACCUUCAUAGCCUCCACGAGCCAACAGUUUAAAUCUUCCAUCACAGAAGAAGAAAUCGGAUCCAAAGAGGGAACAUUCAACAUAGUCAUCCAGCUAGUCAACGACAAAAAGCCAGUCCGUGUUGUCGAUAAAGUUUUCCACGUUGUAAGGGAUGGACAGAAACUGCUGACCAUAGAGGACCUCUGUUACCAUGAUCCAGACUCGGACUUUGACGACAGCCAGCUGCUAUACACGCGUCGAGGGAUACCCAUGGGAGACCUGGUUCUGGUGAACGACACUUCCCACAGGCUGUUCCAGUUCCGUCAGAAAGACCUCGUGGAGAAGCAGGUGCUGUUUGUCCACAGAGGGGUGAGCACCGGACGCUUCGUCCUGUUUGUGUCAGACGGGAAACAUUUCGUCUCGAGCCUUCUGGACGUAAGCGCCCAUGACCCUUUCCUGAGGGUUGGUAACAACACAGGAUUGCUAGUUCAGAAAGGUCGAUCCAUGACCUUGACCGCAAGAAACUUGAGCGUGCUUACAAACCUCGACGUCAGAGAUGACAGCGAGGUCACCUACAAGGUGUACGCAGAACCUAAGAACGGUGGACUGUAUUCCCACAAAGCCAAAGUUACCUCAUUCACACAGGAUGACCUCAAAACAGGCCUUAUAUCCUAUCAGCAUGACGAUAGCAAGAACCUGGCAGAUUCUUUCAAUGUGACUGUGAAGGCCAAAGACUUGGUCUUGAAUGCUAGGGUGAAUAUCAAGGUUUUCCUGGAGAGCCAUCAGAGACCACCUAUCGUUCAGCGCAACAACUCCUUGGUAGUGGAGGAGGGGAAACCGGUGAAGCUGGAUCAGAGCAAACUCCAGAUCACACACGAAGACAACCUGCCAUCAGAGAUCGCGUUCACCGUGAAGGUCGCCCCCUCUCACGGUUUCCUGCGGCGUUUCGUCAAAGCCGAAGAACGGUACGUCGGGUCGAAAAAAAAACCUGUCCGCUCAUUUACACAGGAGGACGUGAACGCCGGGAACAUCCAGUACGUGCAGGCGGAACCCGGCCGGGGCAACGACACCUUCUCCCUGGACGUCACGAACGGGGUCACCGAGGUCAGCGACCUGAGGAUGUCCGUGGACAUCGUCCCGCUGCUCAUCCCUCUCCGCGUGGCGAACGUCUCCGUGGAGGAGGGGGGCUCGAAGGCCGUGACCCAGGAAGUGCUCAUGGUCACCAACCACCACUUCUCUGGAUCCAACUUUCUCUAUAGUUUGACGGAGCCGCCAAACCACGGCCACAUUGAGCACUCAAGGCUUCCGGGUGUGCCCUUAACGUCUUUCACGAGACAGCAGGUGGAGCACGAGUUCAUUUACUACGUCCACGACAGCAGCGAGACCUUGGAUGACAACUUCACUGUCGUAGCCAAUGACACGGCCCUUCAAAAGCUAAGUCUGCCUGGGACCGUGUACGUCCAGGUGACCCCUGUCAACGACCAGCCUCCUGUUAUUACGUCCAACAAGGUCCUUAGGGUGUGGGUGGGAUCAGUGACGGAGAUAAGCUUGGAGGAUCUCAACACUCGGGAUGAGGACACGCCCCCAGAGGAUCUCCAGUACAUGGUGACCCCGCCCAGCAAUGGCCACCUGGCGCUGAAGAGCGCCCCCAUGAGGCCGGUGCUGAACUUCACCCAGGCUCACAUAGACCAGGGACAGCUGCUGUUUGUUCACAGUGGUGCCAUGUCGGGAGGUUUCAACUUCCAGGUCAACGACGGGAUGAACUUUGCCCCCAGACAGAUCUUCAGCAUCACAGCCAGCGCGUUGGUGCUUAGUCUAGACAGGAACCACCCCCUUAAAGUUUUUCCAGGGUCAUCAACACCAAUCACAAACGAGGAGUUGGAUACAGGGACCAAUGACAACAGUGGGACGUCGAACCGAACCAUCACAUACAGUGUGAUCCGUCGACCCAAGUUGGGGAGACUGGUGAUAACGCAGGCUGAUAACUCCACGAUCGAUAUCUCCUCGUUCACUCAAGCUAUGGUGGAUGGAAGGAAGGUUUGGUACAUUCAAGGCCCUGUAGAUUCAGUUGGGUGGGCAGCGAUGGACACCAUGACGUUCUCUGUGGCGUCACCACCAGCAUCUCUCGAAAGCCAGACUUUUAAGUUCGACAUCUCCUAUGAAAAUGUUGGACCUGACCGAAAGAGUUUGCUUGUAGCAAAUACGGGUGCUGUGGUCACGGAAGGCCAGAGUGUCGUAAUCGACAACUCCAAGCUGGAUGCUUCCAACCUCAAGGCAAAGCUUUCCAUCCCAGAGCGCAGCUCCUACGAAGUCUGGUUCCAGGUUAAGUUCUUACCCGAUCACGGCGUCAUUGUGGUGGGCGAGAGGAACUUGACCAAGGAGAAACCCAACUUCUCUCAGUUCAUCCUCAACAAAUACGGCAUCACCUACUGGCACGACAACUCUGAAACCACACAGGAUCGAUUCGUCUUCGACGCCUGGCUGAAUGCCAAGGGAAAGUCAGCCCAGCGCCCUCUAGAGGACAGCCAGGUGGUGGAGGAGUGGUUCAACAUCACUGUCACCCCGGUGAACGACCAUUCGCCUGUGUUGAAGACCAAAUCCCCGAGUCUGAGUGUGGUACAGGGAGACACAGUCCCACUCGGCCCUGAAAAUCUCAAAGUCGAAGACUUGGACAACCCGCCUGAGGAUAUCCAGUACAGCAUCAUCAGCAAUCCCAACAAUGGCUACCUGGCACUUGAAGGAAAGCUCAACGAAUCCGUGGCAUCCUUUACCCAGGCUGAAAUCAAUCGUGGAGUGUUGUUCUUCGUCCAUGAUGGAACUCCCACCUCGGGGGUGUUCUAUUUCAGCGUCACGGAUGGUCAUCACAAGCCUGUCUACAAACUCUUCAACCUUGAAGUGACAGAGAUCACCAUUUCUAUGGCUAAUAAUACUGGACUGAUGCUGGAGCAAGGGCAGACCUCGGUCUCGCUGACCCAAGACAGUUUGUCCGCUAAGACCAAUGGAAAGAACACCACGGUUCACUAUCGUGUCACUAGGCCUCCGCUUUAUGGCAAACUUCUAAUGGGCGACCACCACGUCACUCUGUUUGAACAGGAGGACCUUUGGACAGGAAGCCUGUCCUAUCACAUGGUGAACCUUACAUCUGCUCAAGAUAGCUUCGAAUUUAGCGCUUUUACUUCAGAAGCUAACCUCACCAGCCAGGUCUGCAACGUCACCGUCAAGCCCUUGAUCCGAUUUGGUGAAGGGGUCAAAAUUCCCAACGGCAUGGCCGUUAGAAUAACCACUGGUUUUCUCAAUGUCUCAGAACUGGCGAGUUUAAGCGGCGGCGAGCCCGUGUUUGAAGUCAUCUCCCAGCCGAGGUAUGGGAAGCUGUUCAGAGUGAAACCCAAGAAGGACAGAAAACCAGAGCCUGUUCAGUCUUUCUCCUUUCGUGACGUGCGGCAGGAGAACAUCGCGAUCGAGCUGAACGCCAACAUGACCGGAGUGCAGGAACUGAACGACUCGUUUGCGUUCCUCCUACUAGCGGAGAACGUCGCCCCCGCCAGAGGGGAGUUCCGGUUCACGGUCAUUCCGUACGACCCGAUGCUCGUCGCGACCACAAACGCCCCCUUCCUGAGCACCAGUCCCGCUCUCCAGACUGUUCUCCACACCACCAGGACUGGGACGACGUCCAACCGAACCACGUCCCUGUUCUCCACACAGCGACCCAAGAACCAACCAAAGCUCAGGGGUCGCAACCGCUGGGGUACCCCCGACAAGAAUAACUCGGCCACCACGACCCUUGGCAAACCCACACUUGCGAGAGACGACGAACCUUACAGGAUCACGCCGGUACGAGUGGAGUCUUACCCCCACUCGGGCUCCAACCCCCUGCUGGUGAUCCUUCCUCUCCUGGCUCUCCUGGUCCUCGUCAUCGUCUUCGUGGUGCUGGUGGUCCUGCUGCGACACAAGAGACGGAAGCACAAACCUGGAACAGGUAAACCCUCGGCCGCCUCAGGUGUGCCAAGCAGUCCGUCCUAUCAGGACCAGUCUCAGAGGAGCGUGACCGUUCCCAUGGUGACUGUCACCCCCCUGACCCCCGGCAGCCCCAUCCUCGACAGGCUGCUCCCGUCCAAUCAGGGGCCGGCUGACUAUCCCCAGGAUGCUUCCCUGCCUCUCUGUUCCUGGAACAGUGGAGAUUUAGAAGGUUCCUCCCAUCUCAUUAGAACGUCUAGCCCAGUUCUGCAACAGAACCAGUACUGGGUAUGACGUCCUACCCCUUCUAUGAUUCAGGGCCAGAGAGUUUAAGACUAGUCACUCCCCCUGGACAUUCUUACUGCACGCAGGCUUAUGUUAAAAUUGUAAAGGUCCAGUAGGAUAUCUAGAACAAAAAACUGGUCCUAAAGAGUUCACAACGUUAAUAUGUACAAGAUGGUAGUUUGAGUACUGUCAUCAAAAUGUUGCUGCACCUCGCAGAAGUAGUAUCAGCAAAACGGUUAAAACCAUGAGUAAAUGUUCUAAUUUCUAUUGCAGUUAGAGUAUAUAAGUCCAAAGCAUUUACAAAUGGUCAUCGUCAAACUCACCAUGGAACCAUCCAGUUCACAGUUGUUGCUGUGGUGACUUGUCACUAUGACAACCAGAAACAUGAAUUUGUGGUUCGCUGUUCCAGGAUUGCGUGAUACUGUGAACUACUAAAUACACACUGACACUAAUUUGGGGGGGAAAUGUAUACCUUCAAUUGACAUGAUUGUGCACAUUUAAUAUUUUCUUUUAUACAUGGGAGUAUUAAUCCAAGCAGCUGUGUUGGUAAACUCAGGUAUUGUUUUAAAGUCUGAUGAUGAUAUUGUAAUUCCUGUUGGACAUAAAUAGGUGUGGAUGUAAUCGUACAAUCAUCCAUUGCUUGUAAAAUGUUUCACUGUGAUAUCUUGCAUGUCUGUUCAUGUCAAGGAAUUGUUUUGAAUUGGACUGAAUAGUUCAACUUGAGCACUGGUUGUGUGUUCUACUGAUAGAUCAAAUCAGUUUGCUGUUUUUGUUUGGCAAGAUUCAAAUCGAAAGGUUUAACCACUUUUUUUAUUAGUGCUUAUUUUUCCGUACACAGUAUUUUUAUAUCUUGAACUUAAUAUUAAUCUUAAGUGUAUGCAAAUGUUGAUUCAAGUAGUAGACGUCAUGAGAUGAAUACACCACAAUGGUCUGUUUAUUCUGUCAAUGGAUUGAUGAACUUAACUCCAUGAUGUUGGUGUUGUUGUGCCCUGUAAACCUAAAUAUAUCUUGAAUUAACCCAGUGAGUAUACAUACUGGUACUAUUCAGCAAUUGACAUACAUUUCAAUUGUUGAGGUCAACAUCGACCUUUACGUAAAUAUGUUGCUGUGUAUGCUGAAGUAUUUAAUUAUAGUGCUGAUUGAGUCUUCGCUUGAUAUUCCAAGCACGCUUGUAGUUAUUCUGCUCCACGAGGACCCACAACAUGGUGUUCCUAUUUUCUACUGUAAGACUAUCUCCCUUUUUGGUUUAGCGCUGAAUGUUUCAGAUCCCAUGUUCAACACAUCCGGUCUGUGUAAUACUACUGUGUAUUUAUAGUAUCCUGGUGUAAUUCUGCUGUAAGUGUACGUAUUGUGUAUCUGUAUGGAUCCAUGUCUAAUUAUCUAACUUUUGCCUAUGGAACAGAUCAGCCAUAUUUAUUUAAACCUAUGAUUUUUAAUAAAUUCAUAUUCAGUGUGUGUCACACUAC